AUGAUGAAUUCUUCUAAAAAACUUCAUAAUAAAUAUAGAACUAAUACUUGUAGAAUGAUCUUAAAUCCACCAGAUCUCAAGACUAUUAUUAAUAGUUUCCUAGCGAUUAAAGUCUACAUUGUGAUAAAAAGACCCAGAAAACCCUGUAAAAAAGAAAAUGGAGAAUAAAGAUUUUGA